UGGAAUAAGAAAAGGGGGAAUUCUCCUAUUUCCAGCAAUCAAUCAUGAGAGCGGAAAGACGUAAGCUGAGCAUUGUUGUCUUGGCUAUGGCAAGCAUCCUCAUGAUCGGAGGGAUCUGUGAGGGAGGGAUAUGGCCGGAGAAGGCAGCAGCUUGCGAAAGAUUUCUUAUCACCAUGAUUCUAUUUAUAGCAUCAGCACUGUUUUUGACAGCCGUCUCCCUUCGUCUUCCUCCAGACAAUGGAGUCCGUCGGAUUGUCGCCGUGUACGUCCUCUUCUAUCUCCUCUCCAUCCUGUCGAUAGCCGUUGCCAUCUUCGGCCUGGUCGUGUCGAGCCGCGGAGGGCGUGGACACGAAGUCCAAGGGAAGGGAUACACGGAGUUCCAGCUGGGGAAUCACUCCAACUGGUGGAGGGACAGAGUUCGGGACCCUGGGACAUGGGAGACGAUAAAGAGCUGCCUCAUGAAGCGGGAUGAGUGCAGCAAAUUGUACAGUCAGCCACCUGAUUGGAAGACGAACCUGGUCAUGUUAAACGGACUGCAGUCCGGCUGUUGCAAACCGCCGGAUGUCUGCGGUUUCGCCGAGAUCAGUCGGACGCGAUCCGUCUACAACAAGCCAGGGUAUAAGUCGGCGAUCUUCGACGGAGACAAGGAUUGCAUGCGUUUUGUGAACGAGGAGGAGAAGUGCUUCAACUGCGACUCCCGUAAAGCUGCUUUCUUGGAUACCAUGAGGAGUAGCUGGCGCACAAUGUCAAUCAUCAGCUUUGUGGUUGGCUUACUUCUCCUUCUAACUGGGAGCGCGGAAUUGGGAUGCUUUGACGAUGAACUCCGGGCUUCCAAAAUUUGGAAUUGCAAUUGAUCACCGGAUCAUCUCAAAGAG